AUGGUUGGCCAGAGACAUGAUGGGACAUAUCACUUUGAAACCAAAAAAGUGCCAGUUCCUGAUAUCAGCCCAACCGACUUGCUAGUCCGCUUAUCGGUAACAGGAGUAUGCGGUUCGGACUUCCAUCUCGCAGCAGGUCACUUGGGUCCGACUUGCGACAUUCUAGGACACGAAGGCGUGGGACGGGUUGUGAAGCUUGGCUCCGCAGUGGAUGCUUCCUUUAUCAAUGUCGGAGCACGAGUAGGUCUUGGCUGGGUACGCGACGUGUGCGAAGAAUGUUUCUGCUGCCUGUCUCCAGGCGGCGAGGCCCGUUGCUUGGCAAAGCUAUGCUCUGGCUUAAGAAGAGAUGGCACCUUUGCAGAGUAUGCCGUUGUUCCGUCGCGAUAUGUUAUCCGGAUUCCAGAGGACGUGCCAGACGAUCUAGUCGCUCCGAUUCUUUGUGGUGGCGUGACGGCGUAUAAAGCCAUCAAGGUCAGUGAGGCAGUUCCGGGUCGAUGGAUGGUUAUAUCAGGCGCUGGUGGUGGUGUCGGUGCUUUGGGGAUUCAGUUCGCAAAGGCGAUGGGAUACCGGGUAAUUGCGAUUGAUGUCGGAGACGCGAAGAAAGAGUACUGUCUGAAGCUAGGCGCCGAAGUGUACUAUGAUGCAAAAGAAUUAAACACAGAGACAGUCAUGGCCCUCACCGGGGAUGGUGCUGCGGCGGUCUUGGUCAUGGCUAACUCUGACAAGGCGUACCAGGCGGCAUUGGAACUGGUGGCUCCAUAUGGGACGUUUGUCUGCGUGGGAAUCCCGCCAGAGGACCAUCGGGUCAGCUUUCACCCAACACUGGGGAUUUCCAAGGGCGUGCGUAUCAUCGGCUCUGCUGUGGGAACUAGGAAGGACAUCUGGGAGGCGAUUGAGUUUGUGCAACGCGGCGCUGUGAAGCCGGCAGUGGAAAUGGCGAGUUUGGCCGAUCUGUCUGAUAUUGCGAAGAACUUUGGCAAGACUGCUGGCAAAUAUGUCAUCCGACUGAGCGAUGAAGCGAGGGGCUCGGUGAAUGCUGGUGCCCUGCAAAAUGGACACUAG